GGCGUCGCUACUAUCAGCAGCCUACCUGCGGAAGUUCAGUGCUCAAACAUAACCUGAAAGCUGUCGUCCCAGACUCAUCUACUACUGCUAAUAAUAUCUUAAAACGAGGACUUCCCCAACAGCACCAUGGUGUACCACCCUGAAUUUGAGAAGGCAGGAAAGCAGGCUGGCCUGCAGGUAUGGAGGAUCGAAAAGUUGGAUUUGGCACCUGUGCCUCAGAAUCUAUAUGGUGGGUUCUAUACAGGUGACACCUACCUUAUCCUCAAUACCAUCAAGCAAAACUCUGGAAAUCUACAAUAUGACCUUCAUUUCUGGAUUGGUGAUGCAUGCACACUAGAUGAGAGUGGGGCAGCCGCCAUCUUUACCACUCAAAUGGAUGAUUUCCUUGGAGGGAAACCUAUUCAGUACAGAGAAGUCCAGGGAUAUGAGUCAAAAACCUUUGUAGGUUACUUCAAAUCAGGUCUUAAAUACAUGCAAGGUGGAGUUGCCUCUGGGUUUAAACAUGUAGCUUCUAAUGAAGUAGAUGUGAAGCGCGUUCUCCAUGUGAGUGGCAGACGUGUAGUCCGAGCCAUUGAGGUACCAGUGAGCUGGGACAGCUUCAACCAGGGUGAUUGCUUCAUCCUGGACCUGGGAAAGGAGAUAUACCAGUGGUGUGGAUCCAAGUGUAACCAGUUUGAGAGGCUGAAGGCCACCAGCGUUUCCAAAGAUAUUCGCGAUAACGAGCGUUGUGGGAGAGCAAAACUUCUUGUAUGUGAGGAAGGAGGGGAAAAUGAGAAGAUUCUAACAAUUCUUGGACCAAAGCCUAAUCUUCCUGACGCUCAAUCUGAAGACACUAAGACUGAUGCAUCCAACAGGAAGUCAGCCAAAUUGUACAAGGUGUCAAAUGCCAGUGGGAGCAUGUCAGUUACUUUAGUGGCUGAGGAGAACCCCUUUUCCCAAAGUGCACUCCAGUCCACUGACUGCUUUAUCUUGGAUCAUGGUUCCAGUGGCAAGAUAUUUGUCUGGAAAGGUAAAGCGGCAAAUAAAGAGGAGCGAAGUGCAGGUAUGAAAACUGCUGAGGAAUUUAUAAGUAAGAUGGGCUACCCAAAACACACUGAGGUCCAGAUCAUCCCUGAGAAUGGAGAGACUCCUCUUUUCAAACAGUUUUUCAAGUUCUGGCACGAUGCCGACCAGACAAAGGGUAUGGGACAAGCCUAUCUGCCUAACAAAAUCGCCAAAAUCAAGAAAGUGCCAUUUGAUGCAUCAUCUCUUCACAAAUCGGAUGCAAUGGCUGCUCAGUAUGGGAUGUUUGAUGAUGGUAGAGGGGAGAAAAAGAUCUGGCGCAUUGAGGGAACAGACAAGGUUCCAGUUGACCCAUCCACUCAUGGGCAGUUCUAUGGAGGAGAUAGUUACAUCAUCCUGUACUGCUACAGGCGUGGAGAACGUCAGGGCCAGAUCAUAUAUAUAUGGCAGGGGGAGGACUCCAGUCAAGAUGAGAAGGGAACCUCUGCCAUCCUGGCAGCACAGCUUGAUGCAGAGCUUGGUGGGGCUGCAGUUCAGGUGCGAGUAAUUCAAGGCAAAGAACCCCCACAACUCAUGAGUCUCUUUGGAGGGCACCCAAUGGUGGUGCACAAGGGUGGAACCUCACGAGAUGGUGGCCAAUCCCAGGCUUCUGAGGUCCGCCUUUUCCAAGUGCGUGCCAACCCUGCUGGGCAUACACGAGCUGUUGAGGUUGAUGCUGUGGCCUCCAGCCUCAACUCCAACGAUGCCUUCGUUUUAGUGAUUCCCUCAGGCUCUAAGCUGUGGCUGGGUCAGGGUACCAGUAAUGUCGAAAAGAAUGGAGCCCAAAAGCUCAGCGGUAUUUUAGGAGUGGAACUUUCAGAGAUAUCAGAAGGAGCAGAGGGAGAUGAUUUUUGGAGUGCUCUUGGAGGAAAGGCUGAGUACUGCACAUCUGAAAGGCUUAAGAACAAAAUGGACACACAUCCCCCAAGGCUCUUUGCAUGCUCUAACAAAACGGGAACAUUCCUUAUUGAGGAGGUGCCAGGAGAGAUGACCCAGGAGGACUUGGCUCCAGAUGAUAUAAUGAUCCUGGACACCUGGGAUCAGGUCUUUAUUUGGAUUGGAAACGAGGCUAAUGAAGAAGAGAAAAAUGAAGCUGUGACUUCAGCUGCUAAAUAUAUUGAAACGGAUCCUGCCAAUAGGGAUAAGAGAACACCCAUUGUUACGGUGAAGCAGGGCUUUGAACCUCCCACAUUCACAGGCUGGUUUCUAGGCUGGGAGCAUGAUUUCUGGAGUUCUGACCCAUUGCAACGAGCCAUGGCUGAUUUGAAAAUGUAGUCCAAUGACUCAAAGCUAAGGAAACAGGAUUGUUUUAUGUCUGUUUAAUGUGAAGUGCAACAACCUGUCUUUAAAACUUCAUACUAACUAAACUUUCUCUCCAUCA